GCCACUCGGGGCGGUGUCCGCCUGGGUUCCGGGAGGAGAUGUCGCGCAUCACGCUGGAGGACCUGGAUCCGUUGGGAGAGGAGGCGGCAGCCGGCGGGGAGGAGGAGGAGGAGGAGGGGGAAGAGGAGGAGGAAGAGCGGAGCCGGCUGUUCGCCCACUGGGAAGCCGUAGCCAGCACGCACCGGGUGAGCCUGCCCCGAGACAUGGCAGGUCCUAUUGUCCAGAUGACCCGGCACAGCCAGGCUCGUGAGCCUGUGCCUUACGUUACCCUCGCACAGCACGAGAAGUGCGAGGAAGCAGCCUACGAGGAGCGACAGUACCCAUCUGGAAAGUGGGCAUGUGUCACCAAGGGGGAGCCCAUGUAUGAGCAGAGCAUCUCCAUGAGCUUCAUGAAGCUCAUGCGCUACAUCUGCAAGGAGAACUCUGUAGGUUGCUAUCUGGGCAUGACAGUCCCGGUGCUCAAUGAAAUCCACCUGACCAAGGAGGGGACCAAGCUGGAGCGUGAGGUUGUAACUGCCUAUUAUCUCCCACGAGUGUUCCAGCAAAACCCCCCUGUUCCCACGGACCCUGAAAUCCACAUCACUGAGAGGGCACCGCUCCGGGUUAUAACCAGGGUUUUCUAUGGGAUGACCACUGAGGAGACAAUUCUGCGAGAGAUCAGUCUCUUCUGGAAGCUCUUGGGGUCCACAGACACUGUGCUCCGGGAAACCUACAUCAUUGCUUCUUAUGAAAACCCCAGCAUCCCUCAGCGCCGCAAUGAGGUCUGGUUCAUCUGCCGAGCAGAGUAAGUCUUCUUGGUGACCUGCAAAUUGGCUUGCGACUGGACCUGGUGUAGAUGGCAGUUCUGACCCAAAGGAGACAAAUGCACAUCCUGACCCACUGUUCGCCCACAAAACAACAGAGCGGGAGACUACGGGGUGGGUUUUCACUCUACCCUGCAAGGGCACAGCCAGGAGAAAACCUGCUUGGGCUGCACUUUAUCUAUGUCCACAGUGGCCAGCUGGUGCUGGAGCUGGCACCAGGAGAGCCUCUGCAGCAGGCUGCUGGUGGGAAACACUUGGUGGGGGCUCAUGUAAGGCAGUACGUGGGCUUGUGCAAUGUGCUAGCCUGACCUGGGCUUCUCUCAGCUCUGACGUGGGCUGGCAGAGCUGUGCCAGGUAUGCUAGUGGGGCUUGUGGUUGGCAAAGUCACAGGCUGAUGAUGUCUCAGAAGGCAAGUGACUGUUUACGAGGUGUGGCUCUGGCCUGCUUCCUCUGAAAAUGGAUGCUGGUCCUGAACAGAGCCACUGAAAUGCUGCUACAGGGAAAGUGACGUUCGAAGGGGGAAAGGGCUCGCCACAAGCGAGAUGUGGAUCAUGAAUGUUUCCUGCUGGGGUGGCUCUCUUUGGACUCUUGGAUGCCUCCCUGGCUGUCAAUCACCAUCCCACAGCCAGGACUGGGGUGCAGGCAGCCUUUGUCCAUCCUUGCUGUUGCAGACCUGCUGCAAGCUGAGAGGGACAGGUCUGACAGCAGCAGCAGCGGCACCGCUGUGAGUUGUGUUGUGCAUUGAUCAGUGAGUUUCACAUCCACAAAUACCCUCACGCUUUCCUGGGGGAAGCUGGCACUGCCAACAGUCAAUAAACACAGAUCAAACCACUGCAGUUCCAGAUCAC